AUGGCUUUUCUAUCCACUAUAUUUUCACCUAUAAUAUGGAUUGUGACUUUUCUUUUCACAAAUUGUGUAGCUAUAUUGUUUUCUCUGAUAGCAUUAGGACUAGGAGCUUUCUUGCUUUCAUAUUACCUAUAUGCAUUUAAUUCACCAAGCACAAAUAAUUCAUCCAAAAACUCACCCGUUAAUGUGCGAAAAGUUUCUACAAUCCACGAAAGUGAAGAAGAAGCUGAUUAUGUGAACCCCGUAGAUACCACCCAUGAGUUACGGCGUAUGCGAAAACGGGAUUGGGCUAAGAAACUCUAUACAAGCUUUGUGGCUGAUGAAGGACGACGAACUCCAUCAGAUGACUCGUCUGGAGAUUCUUCGGAGGGUCGUCGGAAAAAGCGCGAUCUUCGGAGACGACACUCUACAGCGGGUCCUCUUCAAAUGGCUCGAGACUUAAUUCGAAGAGGUAGUCGAGGUUACUUCCGACAGUCUUCACUCUUGCGUGAUCGUCUCCCAAUGCCACCUAUGGAGUUCUUUGAGCCCACAGCACUACCAGAAAUCCCGCAGAAUCUUCAACCGGAAAUCUUCUACAUUCUACAUAAUCUAAAAAUGUUAGAGUUGCCUGCUGAAUGGAAGUUAAAUCCUAGGGAAAUAGAAGUUCGGGAUUUCGAAAAAGGAGAAUACAUUGUUAAGCCGGGCGAGCAGGAUAAUUCAAUUUAUGUUUCCAUUGAGGGAACACUAGCUGUGUAUAUUAAGCAUAUGGAGGGAAAAGAAUACUUGGUGAAGAAAAUCACUGCCGGUAACAGCUUCUUCUCUUUGUUGUCCAUGUUAGACAUUCUCAUGAAUGUUCCUUCAGUUUUCCGUACUGUUUCUUUGAAGGCUGCGGAGAGAUGUAAAGUAGCUAAGUUUCCUAUUAUGAGUUUCCGAGACUCCUUCCAUGAGCAUCCACAGCAAUGGACGAGGCCCAUACAGAUUGUCAUUACAAGGCUUUUGCAUGUUACGAUGACUACGUUACAUCAGUACAUGGGAUUAAGCUCUGAACUAAUGAAGAGGAGAAGAGAUAUGAACGUGGACGAUAAAAUGAGACAAAUGAGUGGAGCAUCUCUGAAAGCAGCUGCUUCAAUCAAGAAAAAUCGUCAUCAGAGUACAGAAGUAGAUCAAGCUGAUAUGCAAGCAUUAGGAAAGAAGUGGUUUUCGGAGCAGUUUGAACUUGGUCCAGAGGGUCCAGCUCUUCUUGACGGAAAGGUCACGAUAGAAACAUAUGAUGAAAAUACUGUGAUAGUCGAACAAGGCUCAGAAGAAGAGCAGCUCAUGCUCAUACUAACAGGAACUUUAAGACUCAUUCAGGAGCCUCUGUUCGACGAGGAGCCAGACGAGGAAGACCAGACUGUCUCUCGGUUGAUCCCGAAGGACAUGAUAGGUGGACUUCAGUUACUAACAAACGAACCAUCUUUCUACACAGUCAAGACGUGUUCGAAAUGCGUUGUUGCAAAAAUGUCCAAACAGGACUUCAAUGAGCUAUUAGAGAUGAAACCACAGAUUUAUUUGCCUGUUGCUCACUCCGUUCUGAGACGUUUGUCGCCAUUCUUACGAGGGGUUGAUUUUGCCCUUGAUUGGGUCCUUGUUGAUUCGGGUCAAGCUGUUUAUAGAGCUGGAGAUAAUGCUGAUUCUUUGUUCGUGGUUCUUAGUGGACGUCUACGUUCGGUUGAAAAAAAGACGGUUGUUGAAGAGUUUGGUCGAGGCGAUGUUCUGGGAAUGAUGGAAGUCUUACAAAAGAAACCCCGAUCAACAACAGUUAUGGCUGUUCGUUUUUCACAGCUAGCUCGAGUGCCUGAAGGGUUAUUGAAUUUCAUCAAAUUACAAUUUCCUCAAGUUGGAUUCCGACUGGUUCAGCUACUUGGUCAAUACUACAGCAGUCUUUCCCGGAGGGCUCCAUUUGUACCAGGAUCAACUAUAAAGGUUCUUGAUUCUGCUGGGGAUCCUAUGUCACAUAUCAAGAAUCUUCACACAAUAGCAGUAGUCCCUGCAUCUGCUGAUGUCCCUCUUGUACCUUUCACCUGCGAAUUGUAUCAUGCAUUAUCAGCAAAUUUGAGAGUCUUGCGCUUAAGCAGUCAGAAAGUUGCUUCCUGUUUGGAUAACUCUGUACUGGAAAAAUUUCUGACUUCUGAUGAUGAGUCGAUGCAAGCUGAUUUCCGAUUGAUGCAUUGGCUGAAUGUUCAAGAAGAUACUUACCCAUUGGUCAUAUACGAAUGUGAUUAUACUGCCACGAAUUGGACCAGAAGAUGUCUUAGACAAGCUGACGCUAUUCUAGUAGUUGCAAUGGGACACAGAAAGCCGCAAAAAAGCUCUUUGCUGAGAGAUUUAUUAAGUAUGAAUCAAGAUGGUGUGCGUACAAACAAGGAACUCAUCUUGCUCUGGCCAGAGGGAACAGUUUCUCCUACUGGUACUUAUGAGUGGCUGAAAAACAGCUACUUCUCCGGGCAUCAUCAUAUUCGGGCUCCUAAACGAAUGUUGCAAUGGUCAAAGAAACCAAGUCGUAAAUUAUCCAGGGAAUCUCCUUGCGUUGUUCCUGAAGCAGAUGUUAUUGAUUAUUAUCAAAAGAAUGUGUUCUGGACUGUUGAUCAUCUUUCUGACUUUGCUCGUUUGGCUAGGAUAUUAACGGGUAACGCAAUUGGGUUAGUCCUCGGAGGAGGAGGAGCUCGAGGAGCUGCUCAUGUUGGAGUUCUGAAAGCUCUUAGAGAACAAGGAAUCCCAGUUGAUAUAGUCGGAGGAACUUCUAUCGGAUCGUUCAUCGGUGGAAUUUACGCAGACACCCCAGAUGAGCGUGUGGAAGAAAGAGCAAAAUAUUGGUUUGAUAGCAUGACAUCUUUAUGGAGAAAAAUCCUCGAUCUCACUUAUGCCCAUUCUGCCAUGUUUACGGGUGCUCAGUUCAAUAAAUCAAUUCAGGAUGUUUUCGGAGAUCAAGAAAUCGAAAACUUAUGGAUACCCUACUUUUGUAUCUCAACUGACAUUACAACUUCUGAAAUGAGAGUUCAUCGUACUGGACCUCUAUGGGCAUAUUGUCGAGCUUCUAUGUCCCUAGCAGGUUAUCUUCCUCCUUUGUGUGAUCCACAGGAUGGUCAUCUUCUUCUGGAUGGAGGAUACGUCAACAAUCUUCCUGCAGAUGUUAUGCGAUCUAUGGGUGCCAAACUUGUGAUAGCUGUAGAUGUCGGAGCGGUUGAAGAAACCAAUCUGUACAAUUACGGAGAUUCUCUUAGUGGUUUAUGGGUACUAUUUCAAAAACUGAAUCCAUUCAGUCAUCCCCCUAGAAUAUUAAAUAUGGAAGAGAUUCAGAGUCGCUUAGCUUAUGUGUCCUGCGUCCGGCAGUUGGAAACUGUGAAGAAGGCUCCCUAUUGCCAAUAUCUACGACCUGCUAUCGAACCUUUCAAGACAUUAGAUUUUGGAAAGUUUAACACCAUUAUGGCUGUUGGAUACGAUUAUGGAAAGGAUAAGAUAACUGAGCUCACGAGAUCUUCCACGUUACGUACAACACUAUUCGGUGAUAAUCAAGAUCGAACCCUGAGGCGACAGUUCAGUAGACGAGAAAAGAAUAUGGAUCUUGAAAGAACUUCCUCGUUUACUGAUCUUGCGGCAGCUAUGUCUAAAGUGCCUGUCGUUCGUCCAGUCUUACGUCAAACUGUGUCCGAAUCUCAUAACUAUAUCACUGAAGAUAUUCUGGAUGAGUUAAUGUUUUCAGACAAUGCUGAUGCGGAUAGUGAGUUUUCACAAUCCGAGAAUGACAUCACAGAAACCACAGAUGAUGAAGAUGAUGAUCUCAUCAAUCUGCGAGGAACAACACCGCGUCCAUUGACGCGAAAGAUCAUUGACGAUGGAUCUCUGAUUUGUUCGCAUAGAGUUUUAUUUCUACUUAAAGCCAAAAGUUGA